AUGGCGGCCUCACCCACGGCGUGCCACACCCCCAAGCCCCCGGCCCGGGCCGGCCGGCCGAGCCGCGGGGGGCCGGGGCGCGCGGGGGGCCGGGGCGUGCGGGUGGCUCGUGACCUCGGCGGCCAGCCCGGUUCAAGUUCGGCCGGGGCCCCGGCCCGGCUCCCGCCCCGCCGCGGAGCCCGCGUGGCACCCGCACCCGCGGCUCGGGGCCGGGGCCGCCGCCAGGCCGCGUCCCAACGGCCCGGACGGCGGCGCCAAAGGCCGCGCGGCCCCCGUUUAAAUCGCCCGCGUUUUGCCCGCGCGCCGAGGCGCCGGCGCGGGGCGGGGCCGGGCCGGGGUCCCCGAGGGGGCUCCCGGGCCCCGCGGGCCGACCCCGCCGCGCCGCCGCCCUCCGCGCCCCCGGCUCCUCCCGAGGCGGCGCGAGGCGGGAAGCGCGACGGCCCCGCCGCCUCCACGCGUCCGCGCCCCGCGUCCCCGCCGCGGCCGGCGGCUGCCUCCGCGCGACGCCCGCGCCGGGCCGGAGCGCCCGCCCGCCCGCCCGGCCCCCGGGGACGCUUCCGGAACCGGUGUCCCCGGGGCCGCGGCCGCCACGGGCGCGAGCUUUGUGCGGAGCCGCCGGCGCCCUCGCCCCGCCGCGUCCCCGGGGUCCGUUACCUGACGCGGCGCCGCCGGGCCGGGCUCCGGGCCGGGCGGACCCGGCGCCCGGUCCCCCUCCCGCCGCCGCCCGGGGCCCGCGAGCUCAGCCCGCAGACGCGCGCACGGGCGCCGCACACGUGCGCCGGAGCCCCCGACACCCGCGGCCCCGCCCGGCCGCCGGCCGAGCGCCGCCAAGUUCGCCCCGGGCCGGCACUCGGGGCGCAACUCCGGGCGCCGCCGCCGCCGCCGCGGGGCCCGCGCGGGAAAGGUCCGCGGCCGCGGGUGCGGGCGUGCGCGGGGCCGCGGCCGGUACCUGCGCCCCCCUCGGCCGGCGCGGCGGGGCCACCUGUCCGCGGCCGCCCAACGCCCCGGGUCUCGAGCCGCCAACGCACCGGCCCGGCGCGGCGUUCCAGCGGCCGCGGGCUCGGCCCUCCGCCCGCCCGCCCGCCCGCCCCGCCGGCCCCCGCCGCCACCCCGGGCUCCCGGCCCGCGGCCCCGCGGCCGAGCCCCGAGCGGGACUUACGGGUCCGGAGCCGGCGCUCAGGGUCCGCACACCAUGCCGGCCCCGCCAAGUUCCGGCGGGCUCGGCGCUGCCCGGCGCGGCGCCCGCCCGCCCGCGCUACGCCGCCGGCGCCCGGUGCGGUGGCGCCAUGUUAG